UCCCUGUCUCCCUCCACACCUUCUUUCCUCCGGGCCCAACCCCAUUCCACCUGCACCCCGCCCCAGGCACACUGACUAGGACGCCGGGACUAAAGUGACAGCUGACUCUGCUGGGUCGGAGUGCGCGCCCUCCCAGUGCCGGCGCCGCACUGACAGUCCCCUGACAAAGGAGGUGCAGCCGCAGCCCCGCUCUAGGCCAGCGGCCAGGCGCCCCGCGGACAAUGCUCUCCAGCCUGCGGAACCGGGGACCCCGUGGCUUCUAUCGGCCCGUCCGCGGGGAGCUGGAUGAGCAGAAAUGCAGUCUUGAGAAAAGUGCCUCAUUUUUCAGUAAAGUGACGUAUUCCUGGUUUAGCAGAGUAAUUACUUUAGGCUAUAAGAGAUCUUUGGAAAGAGAAGAUCUUUUUGAACUAAAUAAAAGUGACUCCUCUUACACUGUGUGUCCCAUCUUUGAAAAACAAUGGAGAAAGGAAGUCUUAAGGACUCAAGAGAGGCAAAAAGUUAAGGCAUCUUUUAAUAAAGAAGCAGAUACCGUGAAACCAUCCCUACUCUAUGCCUUGUGGAACACCUUUAAGUCUGUCCUGAUUCAAGUUGCCUUAUUUAAAGUGUUUGCUGAUAUUUUAUCCUUCACUAGCCCACUCAUAAUGAAGCAAAUGAUCAUUUUCUGUGAACACAGCUCAGAUUUUGGCUGGAAUGGCUAUGGUUAUGCAAUGGCACUUUUUGUUGUAGUCUUUUUGCAAACUCUGAUUCUUCAGCAGUAUCAACGUUUUAACAUGCUCACCUCAGCAAAAGUUAAAACAGCUGUAAAUGGACUGAUCUACAAAAAGGCCCUACUUUUAUCAAAUGUUUCUCGACAAAAGUUUUCCACUGGAGAAAUUAUUAACUUGAUGUCAACAGAUGCUCAGCAACUCAUGGACAUGACAUCAAACCUCAAUCUCCUCUGGUCUGCUCCUUUUCAAAUUCUCAUGGCCAUUUCUCUCCUUUGGCAAGAGCUGGGCCCAGCAGUGUUAGCAGGGGUGGCAGUCCUUGUAUUUGUUAUACCAAUAAAUGCUUUAGCUGCAACCAAAAUAAAAAAGUUAAAGAAAAGCCAAAGAAAGAUCAAAGAUAAACAGAUAAAGCUGCUGAAAGAAAUCCUACAUGGAAUUAAGAUCCUCAAACUGUACGCAUGGGAACCCUCCUAUAAAAAUAAGAUUAUCAAAAUUCGAGAUCAGGAAUUAGAAUUUCAAAAAUCAGCUAGGUAUCUUACUGUAUUCUCCAUGCUGACAUUAACUUGCAUUCCAUUCUUGGUGUCCCUGGCAACCUUUCGUGUUUAUUUCUUACUGAAUGAAGAAAACAUUUUAACAGCCACUAAAGUGUUCACAUCGAUGUCUUUGUUUAAUAUUUUAAGGAUUCCUCUGUUUGAGUUACCAACGGUGAUCUCAGCUGUGGUCCAGACAAGGAUAUCCCUGGGCCGUUUGGAAGAUUUUCUCAAUGCCAAGGAGCUUCUUCCUCAAAGUAUUGAAGCAGAGUAUAUAGGAGAUCAUGCUAUUGGGUUUACAGAUGCUUCUUUCUCCUGGGACAAAAGAGGAAUACCAGUUCUAAAAGACUUGAACUUAAAGAUUCCAGAAGGAGUUUUAGUGGGUGUUGUAGGGCAAGUUGGGUCUGGAAAAUCAUCCAUGCUUUCUGCCAUUCUUGGGGAAAUGGAGAAACUUACUGGAGUAGUUCAAAGAAAGGGCUCUGUGGCUUAUGUUUCUCAGCAGGCCUGGAUCCAGAAUUGCAUUUUGCAAGAAAACAUUCUCUUUGGCUCAGUCAUGAAUAAAGAGUUUUAUGAGCAAGUAUUGGAAGCCUGUGCUCUCCUUCCAGAUUUGGAGCAGCUACCAAAGGGAGAUCAAACUGAGAUUGGAGAAAGAGGUGUGACUAUAAGUGGGGGCCAGCAACAUCGAGUAAGCCUGGCCAGAGCUGUCUACAGUGGGGCCGACAUCUACCUCCUGGAUGAUCCCUUGUCUGCUGUUGAUGUUCAUGUUGGAAAGCAGCUUUUUGAAAAAGUGAUAGGGUCCUUGGGUCUUUUGAAAAACAAGACUCGUAUUUUAGUGACACACAAUCUCACACUUCUGCCACAAAUGGAUCUUAUUGUUGUAAUGGAAAGUGGCAGAGUAGCUCAAAUGGGAACAUACCAGGAGCUGCUGUCUAAAACCCAAAAUCUCAGGAAUUUGCACCAAGUCAUCAGUGAAGAAGAAAAAGCUCAUGCUCUAAAGCAAGUUAGUGCAGUCAACUCCAGAACUAGACAAAAAGACCAAAUCCUGGAGCAAAAAGACAGGUCCUCAUUGGAUCAAGGAAAACAGCUCUCAAUGAAGAAAGAAAAGAUUGCUGUUGGUAGGGUGAAGUUCUCAAUCAUCUUGCAAUACCUCCAAGCCUUUGGCUGGCUCUGGGUGUGGCUGACUAUGUUUACUUACUUAGGGCAGAAUUUGUUGAGUGUCGGACAGAAUCUAUGGCUUAGUGCCUGGGCAAAAGAAGCAAAAUACACGACUAUGAAUGAGUUCACAGAAUGGAAGCAAAUAAGAAGCAAUAAACUUAAUGUUUAUGGAUUAUUGGGAUUAAUAAAAGGUCUCUUUGUCUGCUCUGGAGCAUAUGUAAUCACCAGAGGAUCCCUGAGUGCCUCUCGAACCUUGUAUGUUCAACUGUUGAAUAAUGUGCUACAUCUCCCCAUCCAGUUUUUUGAAACAAAUUCCACAGGCCAGAUCAUCAGUCGUUUCACCAAGGACAUAUUUAUACUUGAUAUGCGUUUGCAUUACUAUUUACGGCUGUGGUUGAAUUGUACAUUGGAUGUUAUUGGAACAAUUUUGGUCAUUGUGGGAGCUUUGCCCCUCUUCAUUCUGGGUAUUAUUCCCGUAGUGUUCUUCUAUUUCUCUAUACAAAGAUACUACGUGGCAAGCUCUCGGCAAAUCCAGAGGUUGACAGGAGCGUCCCGUUCUCCUGUCAUUUCCCACUUUAGUGAGACUCUAUCAGGAGUGUCCACUAUCAGAGCAUUUGGACAUGAACAGAGGUUUAUCCAGCAAAACAAAGAGGUGGUGAAUGAAAACUUGGUCUGUUUCUACAAUAAUGUAAUUUCUAACCGGUGGCUGUCUGUUAGACUUGAAUUUCUUGGCAACUUACUGGUGCUUCUUGCUGCACUGCUUGCUGUGCUGGCUGGCAAUUCUAUAGAUUCAGCAAUAGUUGGUUUGUCUAUCUCCUAUGCCCUUAAUAUAACUCAUUCUCUGAAUUUUUGGGUAAAGAAAACAAGUGAAAUUGAAACCAAUGCAGUUUCUCUUGAAAGAGUCUGUGAAUAUGAAAAUAUGGAUAAAGAGGCACCUUGGAUAACAUCUAGAAGACCUCCAUUACAAUGGCCCAAUAAAGGUGUAGUGGAAUUUAUUAAUUAUCAGGCUCGAUACAGAGAUGAUCUUAGUUUAGCAUUACAAGAUAUCACUUUCCAGACUCAUGAGGAAGAGAAGAUUGGAAUUGUGGGAAGGACUGGAGCAGGCAAAUCCACACUAUCAAAUUGCUUAUUUAGAAUUGUGGAGAGAGCAGGAGGCAAAAUUAUUAUUGAUGGAAUUGAUAUAUCAACUAUUGGACUUCAUGACCUUCGUAGCAAACUUAACAUUAUUCCGCAGCAUCCUAUUUUAUUUUCUGGAACCCUUCAAAUGAACCUGGAUCCCCUAAACAAAUAUUCUGAUAGCAAGCUGUGGAAGGUACUGGAAUUGUGUCACUUAAAAGAGUUUGUGCAGUCCCUUCCUGAGAAGCUACUGUACGAGAUUUCAGAAGGUGGCGAGAACCUCAGCGUGGGCCAACGGCAGCUGCUCUGUCUGGCUCGUGCUUUGCUUCGCAAAACAAAAAUUCUCAUCUUGGAUGAAGCCACAGCUUCCAUCGACUUUGAGACAGACAAGUUGGUGCAGACCACAAUCAGGAAGGAGUUUUCUGAUUGCACCAUCCUGACAAUUGCUCACAGACUGCAGUCUAUCAUUGAUUCCGACAGGGUGCUUGUUCUAGACUCUGGAAGAAUUGUGGAAUUUGAAGCACCACAGAAGUUGAUAUGUCAGAAGGGACUUUUCUAUGAAAUGACAACAGAAGCUGGAAUAACACAAGACUCAAGGACAAAACAUAAAUUACUUUAGCUGUGUGUUAAUGCAUAUAAUAAAAAAAAACCAUAUGCAUUAGCAUUUAAAAAGCAAAGAUAGAGAAGAAAUGCACAAGGAUAGGCCCCUGCUCUGAGUUGGCACACACACUAAUAGGCACCAGAGUUUGUUUGUGACGGAGUUUCACUAUUGUUGCCAAGGCUGGAGUGCUAUCGUGCCAGAUCUGCUCUCUGCCCCUCCAUCCCCCAGGUUCAAGUGAUUCUCCUGCCUCAGCCUCCCAAGUAGCUGGGAUUGCAGGCCGGGCUAAUUUUUGUAUUUUUAGUAGCAACAAGUUUUCACCAUUUUGGCCAGGCUGUUCUUGAACUCCAGACCUCAGGUGAUCUGCCUAUCUCAGCCUCCCAAAGUGCUGUGAUUGCAAGCGUGACCUACCGCCCCCAGCCAGCACCACAGUUUCUAACUAUUCUGGGCUGUACUGAGUCUUCCCUCUUUGAUUCAUGCUUAUCUUAUCCACAUUGAGCAAAAUGCUAAGUAACACUUGUUCUUUAAGUCUCUAACUUCACUUGGGAUUUCCUUUCUCAAUGGAGUAUCCCUCGAUCUUCUCCCUCUGCCCUCCAGUGUGAUCUAGACGCCACUUUUCUGUGCUCUCAUUAGCCCCACAUCCAUACGUUUAUCAUGGCAGGGCUCAUACUCUAUUUUAAUUUUUUUUAAGUCUCCUUUCCCCUUGAAGGCAAGUGCCUAGCUUUAAUCGUCUUUGUAUGUUAUGUUCCUAGCAUAGUCCUUUCGCAUAACUGAUACCCAUUAUACAAACAAAUGUUUGUAUAAUGAAUGACUAGACGUUUUAGAGUACAGUAAGUACCAAUUUAUAUAGAUGUGGGCUGAGCACUGUGGUACACACUCAUACUUCCAGCAUUUAGAGAGGCCGAGGUGAAAGGAUAGCUUGAAGCCAGGAGCUUGAGACCAACCUGAGCAACAUAGCAAGAUCCUGUCUAUACAAAAAAUAAGAAAAUAUAAUGAAAAAAAUGAGACAGGCAUGAUAGUGCACACCUGUAAUCCCAGCUACUCAGGACGCUGAGGUGGGAGGAUAGCUUGAGCCCAGGAGUUCAAGCCUGCAGUGAGAUGAUACACUAUAGCACUCCAGCUUGGGUGACAGACACCCUGCCUUUAAAAUAAAUAAACAAAACAAAUAAAUAUUAAAAAUAUAUGUUGAGUUAUUGUACAAUGUAUGAAAUGAUGAAGGAAUCAGAAAAAAAUGUUAUUCAGCUGCUUUUGGAAAGAGUAAUUAUAUAUUAACAGAAUUUUAUAAUUUUUUAUAUUUUUGCUAUUCACUUUUGAGUAAAAAAACUAGCAUUUUCUUUGGAACAUUAUUCUUUGAUUAAUAUAUCAACCUCAGUGAGAUAUUUUAUUACAUUUAAUGAGAGGAUUGUUGAUUUGUAGUCCUAAUCAGAUUCUGAAGGACUUUAUCUUUAGUAAUUUUAUUUAAAAGAGGCAAUAUUAUGUCGCUGAAUUGCCCUUCAAAUUUUGUCUUUAAACUUCAGUUGGAUUUUCUUUCAAGAAGAUUUUAAUAAUAGAGUUUAGCAUGCUCUUUAAAGUCAUCAACCAAUUCUUUUAUCCUCUUUUUCCUUCCCUAUGCAACCCUGUACAACCAUCCUUCAUUUCCUAAGGGUAUUUAUGAAAAGUUGCCUUAAACUAGAAAACUUGUAUUAUCUAAAGUCACCUCCCUUAAGGAUGUGAGCUACUUGAAGUGUUGUCCUGUCUUUACAAGUGCUUUGUACUCAUGAAUAAUUAGCUGUUGAAUUCCAUUAAGAAAGGAAUCAAGAUAUUUCAUUAAUAUCAGUUAAAAAUGUUUUAGCUCUCUACUCCUAUAAUUUUAGUAAAUCAGCAAAUCUGCAUAAUUUUAAAAUAUAGUGGAAAAUCAUGGAUAAAUUGUGGUAUAUUCACAUAAUAGAACUCUAUCUAGCUAUGAGACUGGAUGAACAACAGCUACAGGCACUCUGACGAAUCUCACAAAGAAUGUUGAGUGAAAUAGCCACAAAAGAAUAUUACUAUAUGAGUCCAUGAUCCUAUUUAUAUAAUUUUUUUAAAGAAAAACUAAUUUAUACUGUUAGAAAUUGGGAUACUGGUUAUCCUUGGUGGGGAGGGGUUAUAAUAGAGUAUACAAAGUAAGACUUCUGGGAUAAUGGUAGAAUUUUGUUUCUUGAAGUGAAUCUGAGUGAUUCACUUUGUGAAAGUUCAGUUUAUGGAAAUUCAUCAAUCUGUGUAUUUAGAAUAUGUGUUUUCUGCAUGUAUAUACAGAUAUAUAUUAUCUUCAUAUGUAAGACAGAGUAAAAGGAAAGCAAAAGUAAAAAACAAAAAAUGACUAAAUCAGUUAUUCAAAGAUAAUUUUAUUAUUUUAAGAAAUUAAUAUUUUAAACUUAUUUCAAUUAUGUACAUUGAGCUUGUUCAAUUAUUAAUGUAUACUAGAAACAAAGUGAAAAGUACUCAAAAUGAUUGUAUUACAGAAAGGUAGCACAUUUGUAAUAAAACAGUUAUUCCAUGA